UAUUAUUUGUCUUAGCUCCGGCAAUUAACAGGAGAACCAAUAAAAAUGAACCGUUCUGUUGUACGGUCUGGUGUCCAUUUCCUGAAUCUUCCCUCUCUCUGUCUCUCUCUCAGCUGUAGUUUCUCUCCCCAGAAGGAAUCAAAUCAGCUGAUUCAGCUCCAACAUUUGAAUCUCUCUCUGGUUCGUUGUAAAAGAGCCCCCUUUUCCUCUCCUUUUGUCCUUUAUUAAAUUGCGUAUGCAUUUCUAAUCCAUUUCCUUCGUGUUUAUUAUUGUUUUUCCUUCCUAUAGCUCUCUUCUUUUUCAAGUAGCUGAAACUUACACUCUAAGCAUAUAUUUUUCUCUUCUUUGCCCUUUUUCUAUCUCUCUAUCUAUCUUCCUUUCAAUUAGCUUUAGAUCUGGGGUAGUUUAGAGCAAAACCUACUUUCUAAUUAUUGUUUGCUAAUUCUAGCUGCUUAUAGAUUUUUCUAAAGUUUAAAGUCGAAAGUCACAUUUAUACGCUUUUGUCGCCUGUAAAUAUCUUUCCUUUUCUGAACUAAGCUAUUUUCAGCUUCUUUGGAACUCCUCUCUAUUGACAAAUUAAAAAGGAAAGUUUUUUUAAUUUGUUACUGGGUUCAUUUCGACUCUCAAUAGUCUGGUAAUUUGUGGGUUUUGGUUAUUGGCAUGUAUUUUAUUUCGAAUUUAUGCAUCCUUGCUUCUAAGUAUUAGCUUGGAUGUUAUUCAUAUACCUAAAAAGAAGACUUUGGUUCUGUUACAGAACCUCCUUGCUUCUCUUCAGCUCUUCUCUUUAUAGUAGAUUACUCUAUUCCCCUUUGCUUGUUAACGUUUCCGGAUUUCUGAGCUAGUUCAGAUUCAGAAAGCUUUCAGUUUUCAGUACAAGGAUUGUUUGUCCAUGAGAUGAAAAACCCGUUAAUGAGUAUGAGAAAAAAUGCCAAUUCCCACUCUGGAAGGGUGUUUAGUGAUAGAAAAUGGCUCAUUCCAUUCUUUGCUAGCCUCCUUGUAUCUUUAACUUUGUUUUUGUCAGCUACUUUUGGGCUAUUUACUUCUCCUUAUAGUGGAGAUCAGUUAUCGUUUGACAUUAUUUCAUUUUCAAGGUCAGACGAGUCAAAUGACUAUUUUGUAGAAUCUGAUUUAAAGAAAUCUUUUAACCUGAGUGAGUAUUCGAAAUUGGAGGCACCUAGAUUUGCUUAUCUAAUUUCGGGGACAAAGGGCGACAGUCGUAGAAUGAUGAGGACUUUGCAAGCUGUGUAUCAUCCAAGAAAUCAGUAUAUUUUACAUUUGGAUCUUGAGGCACCGCCUCGUGAAAGGUUGGAGUUGGGGAUAUCUGUGAAGAGUGAUCCAACAUUUUCAGAAGUUGGGAAUGUACGUGUAAUGGCACAAUCAAAUUUGGUGACCUACAAGGGGCCAACUAUGAUUGCCUCUACACUUCAAGCAAUUGCAAUAAUGUUGAGGGAGAGCUUGGAGUGGGACUGGUUUAUUAACCUCAGUGCUUCAGAUUAUCCUCUAGUGACACAAGAUGAUUUACUUCAUGUAUUCUCGAAUUUAUCUAGAAAUCUUAAUUUCAUUGAACAUAUGCGGAUCACUGGAUGGAAACUGAACCAAAGGGCAAAACCAAUUAUUAUUGACCCAGGUCUUUACUUAUCUAAGAAAUCUGAUCUCGCUUUGACUUCUCAACGUCGAUCGCUUCCUACUUCUUUCAAGUUGUUUACCGGUUCAGCCUGGGUAAUUGUCGCCCGAUCCUUCGUAGAAUACAGUAUAAUGGGAUGGGAUAACCUCCCACGAACUCUCCUAAUGUACUAUACAAAUUUCAUCUCUUCUCCAGAAGGAUACUUCCAUACUCUUAUUUGCAACACUGAAGAAUUCCGAAGCACAGCAAUAAACCAUGAUCUUCAUUAUAUUGCUUGGGACACUCCACCAAAGCAGCAUCCAAUCUCUUUGACCAUGAAAGACUUUGAUAAAAUGGUCAAAAGUAAAGCUCCAUUUGCACGCAAAUUUGCUAAGGAUGAUCCUGUUUUAGACAAGAUUGACAGAGAGCUUUUAGGUCGCACAAGCAGGUUUGCACCUGGAGCAUGGUGUAUUGGCAGUUCAGAUGGUGAUAGUGAUCCAUGCUCUGUGCUUGGAAAUUAUUCAGUGUUUAGGCCAGGUCCUGGUGCUGAGAGGUUGCAACAAUUAUUUCAGACAUUGUUAUCGGAAGAUUUUCAAAAGAAACAGUGUACAUGAUGGAGGAAAAUUUUGAUAAACGCCCAAGUGUACAUUGGUGUAUUCAUAGAUUAUACAGUUGAUGUAGAUUGCCGGAAUUUUUUUUUUUCCCAUCAUAUAUGAAUGACAUUGAACUUGAAGAAGCAAAAAUGUUUAGUGCCAUAGUUUGCAAUCUAUCUAAUUCAUUUAUUUUA